CAAACUUCACUCGUUCCCCAGCGGUUCAGAUGCCUUUCCACGGUCACUCUGUCGUUCCUUCCCUCCGUUGUGUGGUCCUUCUGUUUGGCAGGCGGAGUGCACUGGGCGUUAGGGUUAGGGUUGGGAGCCCAGGUGUGGCCUGAGGUGCACUUGUGUGGAGCGCUUGUGAGCGUGUGCAGACGGACUCAUCUUCAGGAGCGUGUGUGGAGCGCUUGUGAGCGUGUGCAGACGGACUCAUGGACUUCCUGAAGAGCCUGUUGCCUGUGGCUGUGUUGGGGGAGGAGGUUUUGGAGACGGGCGAGGCUUUGCGCGAUGUGGCCCCUCGGCGGCUGCGGGUCAGGCGUCUCGCUCGGCUGUCCAGGGGACUAGCAAUCGACGAGGGUCCCCAGGGGCCCGCCACAGCCCCGACCCUGCCCCCCUGCAAACAGACCCACCUCAAAGCCCCGGCUCCGGGCAGCACUGUGAGUAGACGGCGUGUUACGGCAGGACACACCCCUGGCAGGGAGAAACGCAGCGCCAGCAUGUCUAACAUCACCAUCGACCCCGAGCUCAAACCGGGCGAGUACGUCAUCAAAAGCCUCUUCACCGAGUUUGCCGUGCUCGCCGAGAAAAAGAUCGAGGUGGUGAUGGCCGAGCCCCUGGAGAAGCCCCUCUCCCGGUCUCUCCAAAGGGGGGAGGAUGCACAAUUUGAUCAGUUAAUAAGCUCUAUGAGCUCGAUAGCGGAACACUGUUUGCCCUCGCUGCUGCGCACGCUGUUUGAUUGGUACCGGCGCCAAAGCGGCACAGAGGACGAGUCCUAUGAGUACCGACCCCGCGCCAGCACCAAGUCCAAAGGAGACGAGCAGCAUCGGGACAAAGACUACCUACUGGAACGGCGAGAUUUAGCCAUAGAUUUUAUUUUUUGUUUAGUUUCAGUGGAGGUUUUAAAACAGAUUCCUCUGCAUCCUGUGCCAGAUGCUUUAGUUCAUGAAGUUCUCAACCUGGCAUUCAAGCACUUUAAACACAAGGAGGGGUAUUCGGGGCCCAACACUGGCAACGUGCACAUCAUCGCCGACCUGUAUGCAGAAGUCAUCGGCGUCCUCACACAGUCAAAGUUCCAGGCGGUGCGUAAGAAGUUCAUGACGGAGCUGAAGGAGCUGCGUCAGAAGGAGCAGAGCCCCCACGUGGUGCAGAGUGUCAUCAGCCUCAUCAUGGGCAUGAAGUUCUUCCGCGUCAAGAUGUACCCUGUGGAGGACUUUGAGGCGUCCUUCCAGUUCAUGCAGGAGUGCGCGCAGUAUUUCCUGGAGGUGAAGGAUAAGGACAUUAAGCACGCUCUGGCUGGCCUCUUUGUGGAGAUUCUCAUCCCUGUUGCUGCUGCAGUUAAAAAUGAAGUCAACGUGCCGUGUUUGAAAAACUUUGUAGAAAUGCUCUACCAGACGACCUUUGACCUCAGCUCCAGGAAGAAGCACUCUCUGGCGCUGUAUCCCUUGGUGACCUGCUUGCUUUGUGUCAGUCAGAAGCAGUUCUUCCUCAACAACUGGCACAUAUUCCUGCAGAACUGCCUGUCUCACCUGAAGAACAAGGACCCCAAAAUGUCCCGCGUGGCUCUGGAGUCCCUGUACCGGCUGCUCUGGGUUUACAUCAUCCGCAUAAAGUGUGAGAGCAACACUGUCACUCAGAGUCGUUUGCUCAGUAUAGUCUCAGCACUUUUCCCCAAGGGGUCCCGCAGUGUGGUCCCUCGAGACAGUCCCCUCUCAUUUCUGCCUGUCGGUUCUUCUCCUCCCCAGGAAAGGCUGGAUUUUGCCAUGAAAGAGAUCAUUUAUGACCUUCUCUGUGUGGGGAAGUCGCACAAGACCUUCACCAUAAAUCCAGAGAGGAUGAACGUUGGGCUCCGGGCCUUCCUGGUCAUCGCUGACAGCCUGCAGCAGAAGGAGGGCGAGCCGCCCAUGCCCACCACCGGGGUCACUCUGCCGUCCGGCAACACCCUGCGCGUCAAGAAGAUCUUCCUCAACACCACACUCACUGACGAGGAGGCCAAGGUCAUCGGCAUGUCCCUGUACUACCCCCAAGUCCGCAAGGCGCUCGACAGCAUCCUGCGCCACCUGGACAAGGAGGUGGGCCGACCAAUGAGCAUGACCAACGUGCAGAUGUCCAACAAGGAGCCCGAGGACAUGAUCACGGGGGAGAGGAAGCCGAAGAUCGAUCUGUUCCGGACCUGUGUGGCAGCGAUUCCCCGGCUGAUCCCAGACGGCAUGAGCAGACUGGAGCUCAUCGACCUGCUCGCCAAGCUGACCAUCCACAUGGACGAGGAGCUGCGCGGCCUGGCCUUCACCACGCUGCAGGCGCUGAUGGUGGACUUCCCUGAGUGGCGUGAGGACGUGCUGUCGGGCUUCGUCUACUUCAUUGUGCGCGAGGUUACUGACGUCCACCCCACGCUGCUCGACAACGCCGUCAAGAUGCUGGUGCAGCUCAUCAGCCAGUGGAGGCAAGCUGUGCAGUCCAGCAACCGGAGCCAGGGCGGGAGCAGCUGUCCCUCUCUGCCUCUGGAGCGCUCCCCGCUCUCUGGGGUGCUGCAUGUGGUGGAGGGACUGGCGCUGGUGGUGCUGUGCAACUGUCGCCCGGCAACCCGCCGGCUGGCUGUCAAUGUGCUGAAGGAAGUGCGUGCACUCUACACUGCCCUGGGCAUCGCCAAGGGAGAGGAGGAGCUGGCCAUCGAUGUGAUGGACAGGAUGAGCGCUGCAGUGCUGGAGAACUUCAUACACCUGACAGGAGCAGACCAGACGAAUCUGCUGUACUGCCCGAGCAGCAUUGACCUGCAGACGCUGGCCGAGUGGAGCUCCUCCCCCAUCAGCCACCAGUUCGACGUGGUCAGCCCCUCCCUCAUCUGGAUCUUUGCCCAUGUGACCCAGGGCCAGGACCCCUGGGUCAUCAGCCUGUCCAGCUACCUGCGGCAGGACGGCCUGCUCCGUCACUGCCCCACCGCCCUCAGCUACGCCUGGAUGUUCGCAUACACCCGCCUCACUCUGCUGUCCCCUCAGGUGGACAUCAACAGCCCAAUCAAUGCUAAGAAGGUGAACAGCAUGAGCAGCAGCGACUCGUACGUGGGGCUGUGGAGGAACUACCUGAUCCUGUGCUGCAGCGCCGCCUCUUCCUCUUCCUCCUACUCCUCAUCAUCCUCCUCCUCCACCUCCGGCUCUGUGCGCUGCUCUCCACCCGAGGCCCUGGCCUCCACCCCCGACAGCGGAUACAGCUACGACUCCAAGAUCGUUGGUGCCCCGUCCCCGUCCUCCUUGUUCAAGCACAUUGUGCCCAUGAUGCGCUCUGAGAGCAUGGACAUCACAGAGUCCCUGGUGCUGGGGCUCGGACGCACCAACCCUGCGGCCUUCCGGGAGCUCAUAGAGGAGUUGAACCCCAUUAUCAAAGAAGCCCUAGAGAGACGUCCUGAAAACAUGAAGCGGCGGCGGCGGCGGGACGUCCUGCGGGUGCAGCUGGUGCGCAUCUUUGAGCUGCUCGCUGACGCCGGGGUCAUCAGCCAGACGGCCAGUGGAGGGCUGGACGGGGAGACACACUCUCUGAACCCCACCCUGCUGGAGUACGUGGACCUCACCCGCCAGCUGCUGGAGGCCGAGAACGACAAGGACUCCGACACGCUGAAGGACAUCCGCUGCCACUUCAGCGCCCUGGUGGCCAACAUCAUCCAGAACGUUCCAGUUCACCAGCGGAGGGCGAUCUUCCCCCAGCAGUCUCUGAGGCACAGCCUGUUCAUGCUGUUCAGCCACUGGGCGGGGCCUUUCAGCAUCAUGUUCACCCCGCUGGACCGCUACAGUGACCGCAACAUGCAGAUCAACCGCCACCAGUACUGUGCUCUCAAGGCCAUGUCUGCAGUUCUGUGCUGUGGGCCGGUGGCAGAUAACGUGGGACUAUCCUCAGACGGGUACCUGUACAAAUGGCUGGACAACAUACUGGACUCUCAGGACCGUAAGGUGCACCAGCUGGGCUGCGAGGCGGUGAUGCUGCUGCUGGAGCUGAACCCAGAUCAGAGUAACCUGAUGUUCUGGGCUGUGGACCGCUGCUACACGGGCUCCCGCAGAGUGGCGGCCGGCUGCUUCCGCGCCAUCGCCAACGUCUAUCACAGCAGGGAUUACCAGUUUGAUACUGUGGUGCUGCUGAAUCUGAUCAUUUUCAAAGCAGCGGACUCUUCCAGAGAGAUCUAUGAGGCAGCCAUGCAGCUAUUGCAGAUCCUGGAGCCCAAGCUGUUCCGAUACGCCCACAAGCUGGAGAUCCAGCGCAGCGACGGGAUCCUGAGUCCCCCCUCCCUGCUGCCCCACCUCUACUCCGUCUCCUACUACCAGCUGUCUGAGGAGCUGGCCCGCACCUACCCCGAGCUCACCCUGCCCAUCUUCUCAGAGGUGAGCCAGCGCAUUCAGACAGCGCACCCUGCUGGCAGGCAGGUGAUGCUGCACUACCUGCUGCCCUGGAUGAAUAACAUUGAGCUGGUGGACUUCAAGGCGUCGGCGCGGCGCCCGGAGGAGCCCCCGGGCAGUGAGGAGGAGGAGGAGCUGCGGGAUCAGGACAUGAUGAUGCUCAACAGCCGGCGCUGGCUGAGGGGCGAGGGCUGGGGCUCCCCCCACGCCACCACCAUGGUGCUCAACAACCUGAUGUACAUGACCGCCAAGUACGGGGAUGAGUUCGCCUGGUCAGAGAUAGAGAACGUGUGGACCACCCUGGCGGACAGCUGGCCAAAGAACCUCAAAAUCAUUCUGCAUUUCCUCAUCACCAUGUGUGGAGUGAAGAGCGAACCCAGCCUGCUGCCCUAUGUGAAGAAGGUGGUGGUGUACCUGGGCCGGGAUAAGACCAUGCAGCUGUUGGAGGAGCUUGUGUGUGAACUAGAGCUGACUGAUCCUGUGUGUUCUGCUGUCACACACAUGGACAAUCCUCCCUACUAUCGAAUCACCUCCAGCUACAAGAUCCCCUCUGUCGCCUCAGGAACUACUUCCAGUAGUAAUACCAUGGUGCCUGGCCCUGAUGGACACCAUGACAACAAAAUGGACGACACGUACUCCCACCUGGAUAUGUACAGUGGGCUGAACAGUAACCUGAGCCGGCAGCACCAUCGCCUGGAGUCCCGCUACAGCAGCAGCUCUGGGGGAUCCUAUGAGGAGGAGAAGAGUGACUCCAUGCCUGUCUAUGCUAACUGGCGUUUGAAAGUGAUGGAACACAACCGACCGGAGCCCCUCCCUUUCCCCCCGAUGGGUGGGUCGUGGUCCCCGCUGGUUGACUACCUGCCCGAGACCAACACACCUGGAGUUCCUUUACACAGGUGUAAUAUUGCCAUCAUCCUGCUGACUGACCUCAUCGUUGACCAUGGGGUCAAGGUGGAGUGGAGCUCCUACCUGCACCUGCUGCUGCAUGCUAUCUUCAUAGGGUUUGACCACCAGCACCCAGAGGUGUAUGAACACAGCAAGCGCCUGCUACUGCACCUGCUGGUCAUCCAGGGAACCAACAGCAACGUCCAAUCACUGGCCUCCGUCCUGCUGCGCAACCGCGAGUACAACGACCCCAAAGUUCUCACUGUCAAACAACCGCCCCGCGAGUACAACCUCACAGGUGUGUAUGACUUUGUGCCGGAAUACCAGCCGUCGCCCAUGACGGACUCAGGACUCAGCUCGAGCUCCACCUCCUCCAGCAUCAGCCUAGGCUCCACCCUCCCUCACCUGACCCCCACUGGCAGCUCCACCCUCCCUCACCUGACCCCCAUCGGAAGCUCCGCCCUCCCUCACCUAACCCCGACCGGAAGCUCCGCCCUCCCUCACCUAACCCCCAUCGGAAGCUCCGCCCUCCCUCACCUGACCCCGACCGGAAACUCCGCCCUCCCUCACCUAACCCCCAUCGGAAGCUCCGCCCUCCCUCACCUGACCCCCAUCGGAAGCUCCGCCCUCCCUCACCUGACCCCCACGCUGCUUAAUGAGGUGGAUCUCUCCAGUGAGCAGGACGAGAAGAUGAAGUCACUCAUCGAGUUUAUCACGUCCAGGAAGCGGGGACCCUUGUGGAACCACGAGGAUGUCUCCCCUAAAAACCCCAACAUCAAGAGUGCAGAUCAGCUGACCGUGUUCCUCACACAUGUGGUCAAUGUCUUCAAACAAAGCCAGUCAGGGUAUGAGCUGGAGGAGCUGCUCAGUGUGUUGGCUCUGCAGACGGCUCUUCUGCUCCUCCGCCAGUAUGCGGAGCGCUUCCAGAUGUUUUCGCGCCUGAGCAGCCUACCGCCGGCGACGCUCUCCGACGCUGCUCUUUGUUCAGCGUUCUUUACCUGUGGGUUUUCUCAAUUUUUCCAUUAUUUAAUGUAUUCUUUUAGGCCUUCAUGUUCUGAUCCAUCUCACUUCAAUGACUCGUGUGUGUGUGUGUGUGUGUGUGUGUGUGUGUGUGUGCACGCGUGUGUAUAUCUAUGUCUGCAGGGUUUUGUGAUAGAGUUGCUUCUGACACUGGAGUCUGGGAUCGACACGCUUGCGGACUCGAUGAAGAGCUACGACUUGCUGACUGCUCUGUCGCAGGCCUCGAACCCGGAUCCCCCGUACCGACACCCCCUGCUGGGCACCAAGUAUGCAGCCAACCGGAAGAGCACGGGCCAGCUGAACCUGGGAGGUGGGCGGGGCCAGCACGGCCACGCCCUACACGGCCACGCCCUCUACGGCCACGCCCGCAGCAACUCGCUCCGCGCCAGCCUGGUGGGAGAGCACCCGGGCGACCGUCGCCGCAGCAACACCCUGGACAUCGUGGACGGCCGGGCCGGUAACCACGGCAGCCUGGCUCGCACCCGCAGCCUGUCCUCCUUACGGGAGGGCGGGGCUGGCGAGCCUCCGCCCCCCGCGGACCCCUCCAACCUGAUGGCCACCAUCUUCUGGAUCGCGGCGUCGCUGCUGGAGUCGGACUACGAGUUUGAGUUCCUGCUGGCGCUGCGGCUGCUGAACAAGCUGCUGGGCCAGCUGCCGCUGGAGCGGGCGGACAGCCGGCAGCGCAUCGAGGCUGUGCAGGCCCAGCUCAAGUGGCACAGCUUCCCCGGCCUGCAGCAGCUCUUCCUCAAGGGCUUCACCUCGGCCGCCACGCUGGAGCUCACCGUGCAGCUGCUCAGCAAGCUCAUCACCGCGUCCCGCUACGCGCUGGUCGACCCCUCGCAGGGCUCAGGUUUCCCUCUGAAUAUCCUGUGUUUGCUGCCGCACCUGAUUCAGCACUUUGACAACCCCACGCCCUUCUGCAAGGACGCGGCGGACCGUGUGGCGCGCGUGUGCGCUGCCGAGGAGAAGUCCGCCACGCUGUCCAACCUGGCGCACAUGAUGAGCCUGUACAGCACGCACAGCUACUCCCGCGACUGCGCCAGCUGGGUCAACGUGGUGUGCCGGUACCUGCACGACUCCUUCUCCGACAUCACCUUCAGCCUCGUCACCUACCUGGCCGAGCUGCUGGAGAAGGGUCUGGCCAGCAUGCAGCAGUCCCUGCUGCAGAUAAUACACAGCCUGCUGAGUCACAUCGACCUGUCAGCUGCACCUGUCAAACAGUUCAACCUGGACAUCAUGAAGAUCAUAGGGAAGUACGUGCAGAGCCCGUACUGGAAGGAGGCCCAGAACAUUCUGAAGCUGGUGGUGUCUCGGUCAGCCAGCCUGGUGGUGCCAGACGAGGUUCAUCGCUCCUACAGCGCAGAAUCGUCCGGCUCACCCGAGAUCGCCUUCACCAGGAUCUUCAACAGCUGCUCCAAGGAACUGCCCGGAAAAACUCUGGACUUCCACUUCGACAUCUCAGAGACGCCCAUCAUAGGCCAUAAAUACGGGGACCAGCGCACCGCGGCGGGGCGGAACGGGAAGCCGCAGGUCAUCGCCGUGACGAGGAGCACCUCCUCCACCUCCUCAGGGUCCAACUCCAACGGCCUGGUGCCCGUCAGCUGGAAGAGACCCCAGCUCUCUCAGAGAAGAACCAGAGAGAAGCUGAUGAACGUCCUGUCGCUCUGCGGUCCGGAAUCUGGCCUUCCGAAGAACCCCUCUGUGGUGUUCUCCUCCAGUGAGGACCUGGACUCGGGCGAUGCUCAGACCAGCCUGAUCCCCACGGUGGAGGAGGUGGUGCGGGAAGAGGAGGCUGCGGAGGAUGCUGGCAGCGAGCAGCAGUUUGGCGUCUUUAAGGACUUCGACUUCCUGGAUGUGGAGCUGGAGGACGCAGAGGGGGAGAGCAUGGACAACUUUAACUGGGGCGUUCGGAGGCGGUCCCUCGACAGUGUGGACAAGGGGGACACGCCCUCCCUGCAGGAGUGCCAGUUCGCCGGGAGCACGCCCAGCCUCAACCUGACCAAUCAGGAGGAGGACACGGACGAGUCGUCGGAGGAGGAGGUACUGAGCGCUAGCCAGAUUCUGACCCGCUCCAGCCUCUUGAACAGUGACUCGGCGACGGACGAGGCAGCGUCCAAUCACGUGGACUCCCUGCAGCAGUCUCAGGACUCGUCCAGCAGCGCAGUGACUGAGGAGGCCACACCCCUGCCCCGCCCGGACAGCCCUGCCCUGGACCCCACCCCGGACCCCGCCCUGGACAGCCCUGCCCUGGACCCCGCCCCGGACCCCGCCCACUCAGACAGCGCCAGCAGCCAGCCGCCUGAGCUGUCUCACGCUCUCAUGGAUGUUUGGCUCUGGGACUCUAUUGGAAGCCCUCUUUUUCCUCUGCUCCUCUCUGUCUGUCUGUCUCUUCUUGUCUUGAGUGGGCGGAGCUUGCUUGCCUGCUUGUUGUCUGAUUGGGGGAGAGAUUGUCAGGAUAGACACGCACCUCAGGCUGGCUGUGCUUGCGUGUAUUUAAGCAACGAAAUGACAGCCUCUGAUUGGCCUCAGUCCACCACUACCCCUAAACCCUCUCGUCCAGUUAUGGAGCUGAGUGGGCAUGCCCCACCCCCAAAUCAGCUGACCAGUCACCUGUCUGACGUGAGUGUGACAGCGGCGGACGAGCUGAGCAGCAGUGUGAGUGAGGACACAGGCUUCUGCAGCGCCCCCCCCCUGCCCCCGGAGCUGCCGGACCUCCCGGACUCUCAGGACCCCGCCCCCCCACCGCCAUCGCAGAGCCCAGCCGGGUCUGUCUGCGAGGACGAGGCCCCUCCCCCCGCGGCCCCGGACAGCGGCCCUCCCUCCAUCUGUGAAGAUGAUGUCACACUGGCCCUCAAAGAGCUGGACGAGCGCUGCGAGGAGGAGGAGGCGGACUUCUCUGGCCUGUCCAGUCAGGAUGAAGGGGAAGCAGAAGGAUUCUCGGAGCUCCAGGCGUCUCCACCCCCCUCGCCGUUUCUCUCCGCCAUCCUGGCAGCCUUCCAGCCUGUUGCCUACGACGAUGAGGAGGAUGCCUGGCGUUGCCAUGUCAACCAGAUGCUGUCAGACACGGACGGCUCUUCUGCAGUGCACACCUUCCACGUGUUCUCACGUCUCUUCCAGAGUAUCCAGAGGAAGUUUGGCACACUGACACACGCUGCAGUGGGUUUCCUGGGGGAGGGGCUGGGGCGGAUCGGGGGCCAGUUCCGCAGCUCUCUGGAUGUCCUGAUGGCCUGUUCACAGUGUCCCACAGUGCUGCUGGAUGCAGAAACACUGGUGUCCUGUGGGCUGUUGGAGGCUCUGAAGUUCAGUGUUCUGGAGCUGCAGGAGCACCUGGACACCUACAACAGCAAGAGGGAGUCAGCCCAACAGUGGCUUGAUAACUGCGUGAAAACGUUCGGCGAGAAGGACAGCACCUCGCGAGCCAACACCCAGGCCCAGCAAAUGGAAACUCUAGCAGAGUUGGAGCUCUGCCGCAGGCUCUAUAAGCUGCACUUCCAGCUGCUGCUGCUCUUUCAGGCCUACUGCAAACUCAUCAGCCGGGUAGAGAGCAUCACGCAAGAGCCACAGGUCAUUAACAUGACGGAGGAGCUGGCUCUGCUGGAGAGCUGUCUGAAGGAGGCGGAGUCUGAGGCUAACGGCCAGGAAGAAGUGGGCGUGUCCGAGGCGGCGCAGGCCAGUCCUGAGGCAGCGAUCCAGUCGCUCAUUGAGACACUGCACGCCCGUGACUUUGGCUCCGCCCUCACACAGGUCAAGGCCUUCAGGUCUCUGUGGCCGGAGGACAUCUUUGGCGGGGCAGCGGACGACGCGGUGCGCACUCUGCAGCUGCUCUCCUUCCGCCACCUGAGCCUGGGACAGACGGGCAGCGUGGCGCUGCUGGGCCCCUCCCCCGACCUCACCCCCGCCAGCUCCCACCUGAUGCAGCUCAACCUGCAGAUCCGCCACGCGCUGAGGCUAGCGCACACCUGCGCCGUCUGACAGGGGUGGGGGGGGGCCGGGGGGCAGGGGCAGGGCUCCCCCAUCUCUAAGGGCUAAAGGAUGCGUGCGGUUGGCUGACACUUCUGUGACUUUUCCCCUUCUGGCGGAACUCUGCUGCUGUAAGGAGGUGGGGUGGGGGGUGGAGCGGGGGGGGGGGGGAUGCUGGAACUGGAAGCUUUUUGGAGGUGUGACCUUCAGGCUUCACUGGCUGCCUGAUCUCCUUACAGCAGCAUGUGAUCCACAGACAGAACCCGGUGGGUGGGGUGGGGUGGGAUGGGCGUAGCUAUGGGGCAGGGUGGGCGUGGUUAGGGGACCGGGCGGGCUUGUGUGUGUGAUGGGGAGGGCGUGGUUAUGGGACAGUGUGGGCGUGGCUGUGUGAUGGGGAGGGCGUGGCUAUGGGGCAGUGUGGGCGUGGCUGUGUGAUGGGGAGGGCGUUGCUAUGGGGCAGUGUGGGCGUGGCUGUAAAGGGCACAGCACAGGGUAAAUGUGUCGCUUGUGAGCGCAAGGUGUGUGAGUGAUGGGGACUGUCUGAGACAUCUCCAAGGUUUGCAAAAAACUAAAAACUAAAAAAAAAAAAAAAAAAUUUUCUCCUCCAGAAACUCAAUAGAGGAAGAAAAAUACUGCAAGAAUAUUUUUUUGAGAAAUUAAAAUUAUUUUUUAUGAAAGCUAACAUCCUGGUUAGGCUGUAAAUGUUACGAUAUUUAACCUGCCUGGGGUCUGUAUAGAGUCUCAUCCUCUCUCUGGGGCUCAAGUGAUCGCUGAUCAUAGCUAACCAAAAACUAUCUGCCUUUAGAACAUAUAUAUAUAUCUGUGUGUGUGUGUGUGUGUGUGUGUGUGUGUACGUGUGUGUGUGGGGCUGUGUGUAUGUGCGAGCGCGCGUGUGGGUGAGUGAUUAUGUACAUGCAGACACACACACACACACACACAUGCAGACUGGCUACAUUCAUUAUGAAAAAACAUCAAUAACUUAUUUUACUCUGUAUAUAUUUUAGAACUGUAUAGUGUAAAAGCAGUAUUUUUAUUGUACAUUUUGUGCAAUGCACUGUUAAUGCAGGAAAUGUGUAUAAAGCUGAUGAAAAACAGAAGAAACCACGGAAAAUUAACUCCAUUAUAACCCGACCCAAAUGUCGUGUCACCAAACAGGACUGGCAGUGGCAGAGGUCAAAGGUCAGGGGACUCUCUACCAGAUCAGUCGUAUGCAUUCCUCUCUACUGUGAUCUCCAUGUUGGCUCUGUUCCCCAGAAGCAGGCUGCUAUGACAGCCCUGUGUUCUGAGGGGAAACUGUGGCCUGUGUUCAUCCAUGUUGGCUCAGCUGUGCCUGCAGAUGAACUGCAGGAUGUGAGCGGACCCCAGAAAGCUGUGGGAAAACGGUCCUGGCACAUUCACACAGUCACUGUAUUCAUUCCUCACUGGCCUGUUUGGUACUUCUGAAUGCUGUUCUUAAUUAUUUAAUGGAUAUAUUAUUUCCUGGGAAAUAGUUUUUAUUUCAAGGUGCAUUAAAAGUUUCCUUUAUUUUUUUUGUUUUAAGUCGUCCUGUCAGCCGGUUCCGGGGAGGCGGAGCCUGUUCACAUGUCCUGCUCGUGUGUGCAGAGUAUCUGCUGUAUUCCACAGGCAGUCAGGAAGCAGUGCAGCUCUUUUGAUGUCACUUCCUGUGUAGUGGCACCUGUGCUCCACCCUCCGGACUGCUGUGCUGACAGCAGCAGUGUCCCACAUCCCUGUUACAGCAUAACCCUGUAUGUGAUAAUGCAGUCCUUCAUUAAAAACAUAAAACCUA